AUGGAGGACUCACUGCCCAUGGAAAUAGCAUCCACGAUCCAAACCGCAUCAAUAAACCGUGCGCCCUCACCAACGCAUGACCUGAAUCCCUCAACAGCAGCCUCGCAAAAGCAGCCCGUCACCCUCUCCCACUCCGAUCCCUCUCUAGACAAGUACGCCUACGACUCAGAAGGCAUCGAUGGCUCGGAUCUGGAAGAUGGAGAAGACGAUAUCCCAUACAGCGUGCUGAAGCCUGUGCCGCGAAGGCAGAGCUUCGGGCCUCUGCCGGAUUUGAGAUUCGAACAGAGUUAUCUGGCGAGUAUUGCCGGCGCAGAUAGUAAUUGGAAGGUGGCGUACAUCACCUUUAGAGAUCAGCUCAUUCUCCCUCUCCUCCAAGGAAUGGUCUGGUCCCUCGCUCUCCAAGGCUGGCGAUACUGGAAUCGAACUGCGCAACUCAAUGGUAGCUCAGUAGGCUCAAAGGUCAGGCGCUGGUGGUACAGAACAAAUAACUGGAAAUUGCCUGAACAGAUGAGAAACUAUGGGAGCAAUGCCAAGCUAGCGCAGGAUAUAGGAGAUGUGAGUUGGAGGAACCACUCUGGUGGUGAUGUGUGGGCUUUUUGCUGA